GUUAGAACUGGUCUUCAGCAACCCACGCUUGUCGUAAGAGGUGACUGGCAGAAUCUCAUGGUCAGGCUUGCUGAGCUGGUUGAUGAAUUCAUCAUAUCCCAGAUGUGAAUAUAGACUACUUUUAAAAUGUCAGCCAAAUCCAAACAUAAGGUGAUCUCCUGUGAGGCUGUCCACUAUGAGUGUGGCAUCUGUCUCCGAGAGUUCAGCACCUCCUGGUGUCUUCAGAUGCACAUCAAGACUCACUCAGAACAAAACUCCUUCGACUGUCAUGAAUGUGGGAUGACUUACCCGGACUUCUCUGCUCUCUGUGAGCAUCUCAAGGUUCACAUUUUCGGGGCAGAUCCUGUGGAGCAGGACACAGAACCUCCAAUCAUGAGCGGCUAUCAUGACCCUGUGUCUCUGACCGAGGGAGACCAGAUGAGCCAAAUCUCCAAACCUCAACUAACUUGUGUGAACUGUGAGAAGAGUUUUGGUUCCUUCAAAGCCCUGAAACUACAUUCAAGAAUCCACAAAACAAAGAAGGUAGUUGAGACAGAAGAACUGUCAACAGGUAAAACUAGAGGGACCAUUAGGUUCGACAGUAACCAAGGUGGUAUUGAGGAAGAAGAGUCACAGAAUGUGAAGACCAAGAGAGGCAGGCCAAAGAAAAAUAAAAAUACACCACCGGCACAUUUCUUGAAAGUUGGCAAGAAGUAUAGAUGUGAGGUCUGUGCUAAAAAGCUCAGUUCCAGAUCCUUGAUGGAGAAGCAUAUACUGAAGCAUCAGACAGGACAGUUUCACUGCAGUCGGUGUGAUCGGGAUUUCUCAACUCGCUCUGGUUUGAAAGAUCAUGAAAAGUUUCAUGAGUCGGCUGACAAACCUCCAACACCUCAUGUGGUUCUUGUUGAAGACCAUGUGAAGGCUGUAGAGCUUGUGGUGGAAGAUGAAAAGGGUUUUUCAUGCAUAGUGUGCGAGAAAACAUUCAAUAACAAACAGAAAGCCCAUGUUCACAUACUGUGUCACAAGAAGAGAAAAGGGAGAUUGAAACUGAAGAUGUCAAAAAAGCAACAUUCAAAUUCUAUAAGUGAUGCUUCACCGAGAAGGAAGGAUGUGUCUGACUUGCAGGAGAAUGUUGGAGUUGAUUCUUCACACAUGACUCCUGGGCCUGCAAAUACAUCACAGUCAGUUUGUUGUGGAGAAUGUAAAGAACAGUUUGGUACACAAGAAGAGUUGGUAGACCACCAGAACCUUCACAUCCGAGAUCACACCAUGGCACUGAUGAGAAUCCUGAAGCCAGGUACAAACCUCAAUGUGUCCAUUGCUGAGACACAAACACUCCUUAAUGCUGUGCACUCAGCUUCAGAUUUGGUACAAGCCACCAACAAGGAGACUACGUCCAGAAACACUUCAAGUCAGCACCAAGUGUCACCUGCCAUUCUGCAUCCAGAGAACUGUCAACCAGUUAAGGCAACUGAGUCAACCUCUCAACAAAAUCUACUUAAAGCCUUCCCAAGUGUUCAGUGCAAUGCAAAAGUUGUUCUGGAACGUCUUGAAAAUGAAACCCUGCUUGUUCGGAAUGGAGGUGGAAGAGUCUCCAGAUAUUCAAAGAAGCAUAGAAUUGAAAGGGAUAACAGUGUGCAGCAUAGAAAAUCUGGUGAAAACGCUACAUGGGCAGAUAGAGCCAUACAUUGUAAUAGACCCAAGAAACUGGACCGAACAGAGGACACAGUUCGGGAAACUGGGGCUGGUCAUAAGACGGAGGAAACACUGUGUGACAAUAACAAUCUGUUGCAGGAAGGUGGAGAUUACAGUGAUGAUGGUGACAAUGAUACUUUUCAUGAUGAAGAUGACAUUGACCAUGUUGAUAAUGAUCAUUAUUCAGUCUCGGCUAAAGGUUCCACAGAUUUGAUGACAUCUGAACCUGCCCAGGAUCUUGCCACAGCUGAGGACGAGCGAGAGAUGUCAGCUGAAAGUCCCCACACUUCUGAGUCAGCCAAAAAUGUCCAUAACACUGUAUUGACUAAAGAUUUAGUGUCUACAGAAACAAAUUCAAAACGUGAAACUGCAAAAUUGAGUAGUCUUGCAAAAUCUAUCCUGGAAAAUGUAGUUAAAAAGGGAGACAUGUUUUCAUGCAGGAUUUGUGAAGCGGAGUUUACUGAACUGCAGAAAGCCAAGAAUCAUGUACGAGUUCAUGUCUCUAGGAGACGGUUUGAAUGCAAGUUUUGUCCCGCAAAAUUUGUGUAUGCGUCAAAGCUUCUGUCCCAUGAAACAACGCACAUGUCUCAAAAGCUGUCUGCCGAAACGAAGACAAGACUGACGACUAGGUGUCAUUACAAGAUUGUAGGGAAAGAAUUCAUAUGCAACAUUUGUAACAAGUGGUUCAUGACAAAACAUAAGGUACAAUGUCAUGUCCGCUAUCAUCUACUGGAAGACACUUAUCAGUGCAGGUUUUGUCAAAAAUGCUUCAGAAAGAAGUAUUCUUUGUAUAAUCACGAAAAAACUCAUCCUGAAGCUUCUGGAGAAGGUUCUAAGAAUGCAUCCAUGGAUGAUAGACAUGUUGAAGAUGGGGAACCGAAGGAGGUGAAGCUCAAGUUCAAAAGAGGAAAGUACAAGGAGUAUAUAGAGCCUGGAAAUGAUAUUCUCAAGUGUAAACUCUGUGAAAGUACUUUUAAGAAUAACAAACAAAUAAUUGACCAUUUCAGGAGUCAUUUUGCAGAGAGAAAAUUCUGGUGUCCAAUUUGCUCGGCAGCUUUCAAGAGGAAUACCCAUUUAGAUGUUCAUAUGAAAGCUCAUGACCGGGGAAAUAUAAAAAUGACCAAGGUGAGAAUCUCUGAAGGUGUCAAAGAAAGCAUAAAUGCAGAAAAGAAUAAGGAUGUGAAAAUAAAUCCAGAAAACAACAGGAAAGAUGGUGUUGAGUUAUCUGCUGAUGUUCCCAUACACACACAAGGUACUGAAGAUCAGGGAGAAGCUGGUAGCUAUGGUCUUCAAGAGUUGCCUUUAGGUGGUCCACAGUCUGAUACCUUGGAUAAUGUUCCUGUCAAUGCAAACAAAGAGCAACAAGCAAGUGUUGCAAAAUUGCCACAGGAAGAUCAGAGUUGUAGUAAUGUAGCAGGUGAUAAGACAUCAACUGCUGAUGAAAACUUGAGAAACAGUAGCUGCAGUCGUCAUCCUACUUCUACAACUGCAGAAAUAGUCACACGUCCUCCACUGACUCAAGCUGAUGGAGCUUCAGUAAGUUGCAGGUCACCUGAUAAGGAGGGGCACCUGUUGGCAGAACUUUCAGAGUCCACAGUAACUUCUGCUGAAGUGCCAAAAGAAAAGGAAACUUUGUCCCAUACUGAAAGAGAAAUACCUGAUGAUAGGUCUGCUGUGACUGUUGACCUCAGUGAUGGAGGAGAUGGUGAUGGGGAACAGAAAGACAUGACUCAAACAGUUGCAGCUGCUGUUACUGCCUGUGUUAAAGACGGUACAAAAACUGACCCAAAGGUCCAAACAAAUCCAGAUACAGACACGGUUACUGUACAUGGACUUGGUGUAUCUGAAAGCCCCAAUAAAAGUGGAGAGGUUGAGAUGUUACCUACUGCUUCAGAUGAUGAUGAUGAUGGUGGUAUGAUUCACGAUGAUGAUGUCAGUGAUGAUAAUGAUUGUGACAGUGACUUCCAGUAUGAACCCGAUAUGGACUGUGAUUCUGACAUAUCCAGUGAAAAUGGUAGCCCUGCCAGAACUGGAAUACCCACAGUUAAAUAUCUGUAUGAGUCUCCAGCUGACUGCAUUGCUGAUGAAAGGGAAAUAGAGGAACCUAACAUCAAUAUGUCUUCAGGAUCAAAGAAUCAGGCUGGUCCAUCCAAGAAUGAACAGGAUGCAAUACAACCUGAGUUGUGCAGUCCAAAUAAGAAAAAGUCAAAGUCUUCAAAUAAACCAACACUAAAAGAUAAAGCUGUUACAUCAAAAGAACGAGGGAGACGGGUUAUAACACAGGACACAAGUGUAAAGAUGACCCAACUUAUGAGACCGAUAGAAAAGUUAAAGAAGAAAAUUAUCAAAUGUCAAGGUCAGGAGGGAGAUAGUGACCUUCAUCACGAGGAUGAAAAUCAUCAAUGUCACGUUGGACCGAAAACAAGCGAGACAGAAGAAGAAUGUUCACUGAUGGAGACUGCAUCUUCUGACAGUAGUUUUGCUCCUCAGAUGUACCAAACUGAGUAUACAAUUGAAGCUGGGGGUUCCUUCCGAUGUGCCUUCUGUGAUAAAGUCUUUAAAUCUCUGCUCAGCAUUAAGAACCACCUCAGUGUUGAACAUGAUCUCUUCCGCUGCAAGACUUGCAUUGCCGCCUUCCAAACUCAUCAGGAACUUAAGAAACACAACGAGGAAAACAAACACUUGCAGUUAAGAGUCCUGAGCAACAGAAACAUUGCAUCUAAAAUGGAAAUAGUUAGGGGAUAUUUAAAUGCACUCUUUGUCUAA